AUUCACUGCCCUCUGUGCGUCAGUAAGGUAUAUAUGAAGAAAACACCCCUAUCUCUUGCAGUAGCUUGCAACUGAACCUAACGUGCAUCAGAUAGACUCCCAGAUCGUCAGAAUCAUGUUUUCAAAGGCCAUUUUGCUGUUUAUAAUAAUUGUGCCGUUGUCCUCGGCUAUUGACACACCCCUUGUUCGAAUUCUACCUAAAGACAGAUUCAGUGCCAGCUCUUCUUACAAUGAAUCUGUGACCGCGCCUAACGUACGUUUCCCGAGCGAACAAAUUGACUUGUCGGCGUCCAAGGAGCCCUGGUGCCCAGCGACUAGAACCGACUAUGAUUAUUUCAAGGAGUAUGUAACUGUGGACUUGGGAUGCCAGCAAACAGUUCGUAAAGUGGAGGGAAAGGAUUCUCAUGUACUACAAUAUUUCGGGGAAUACUCUAACGACGAGAAAAAAUGGAAGACUCUAACAUCAAAGGAUAAGAGAUAUUAUGAUAAAACCCUUAAAGUGUUCAAAGCAAACUAUCAGGCCGAAAUAAAGCCGCCCGUAAAAGCUCGUUACUUCAGAUUCCGAAUUCGGGUUUAUGAUUACAGCCGGGAACGGCAGCCUUGUCUUAAAGUGGAAAUGUACGGUUCAUCACCCUGCGAACCAGAAAAACCUGUAGGACCAGAAGUUCCUGUACAACCAGGAAAUCCUGUAGAACCGAUUGGAUGUUUCACUGAGAAGGCAAAGAAACGACUCCUGCCUAUUGUUUACCACACAGUUACAGCCCGUGUUGAUAAGAAGUGCCCAGGUAUUUUGGCCGUUUACGAAGAAUGCAAGCAAAAGGCUGCUGAAAAUUCGAAGCCCCUCGAAAUAUUCGGCAUCUGGAACAACAGAAAAUGCGUAACAAGCAAGACAGGCAAAUUUGAUGAGUAUUUUAACAAAGCUCCUGACUCUCGUAAUUGUAAAACUUGUCAAGGUAAAGGAAUCGGGUCAAAGAAAACAGCUGUAUUUGUAUACAAAAAAUAAUCUAUAGUAUAACUUACAUUUAUAAAGGAUAUGUCAAACAAGCUUUAAUAUUUAGGCAUGGCAUGCGCAAAUCUGGAAAACGGGUUUCAGGAGCUGAAAAUAGUUUUUUUAGUAACGCCUAGAGGGUUAAAUUUCAAAUUUUCAUUUUUGCGUCAAAAUAAUGGGACCUGUUGCGACACGUUUUCGUGCAGUUAACCUUAUGAAAAGUAGAGAACGGUUUUCAAUUGAGUUUCGUUAAACCAAAACCCAAGUAGUCACUCUAACAUAUCACAAAGAACAUACAAUCCAGUGAACCAAUCAAAACUCGAAGUAAUUGCAUGUAGCUGACGCCAAGCGAGGGAAAACGUGUGCGACCGCGUCACGAUUGGUUUAGGGUUUACUUCUGAUUGGAUGAAAAAAAAUGGCGCGAGUUUUUCCAGCCAAUCGUGUAGCGUAAUAAUGCAAAACCAACAAGUUUCGACGCUCAAGUGAAAACCGCUCUAAGGUACCAAGACUUAAAACGUAUACCGCAGAUUGUCGACUACUGCCGGAUUUAAUAUUUCUCGUGUUGGGUCAGUUUACAAGAGAGUGGGUCUUUUUACAGGCAGGAACCCUCUUUGUUUGAUUUGUUACUGCGGUUUACCAGUGAAUGCGGAAUAUUUUGUUAAGUGUGUUUUGCCAUGAUCGUGCAGGUUUAUAACUGUAAGGGAACUCUGGGAAUAUCAAUUAAACUUAAAAAAAAUGCACGGCCUCUUUCAAAUUAUGCCCAUAUUGCAAUCAAAUUAAUAUGCAUAUAUUCCUCGGCAUUGUGUUGGAGACGAUCUAACAAGACAAUCUUAGGACGAAUUGUGACUAUCACACACUUCUAAUUUACAAUACACCGUCAUGUACUAAACUCUAACGUUUUAAAGGUCACUAAAUAAAGUUCUCAAACUUCCA